AGAUUUUAUACUAUCAAGUAUUAAACUUGUGUGGUGCGCGAAACGGAUAAAAAUCGGCAAUUUCGAAACCAAGCACACCAAAAAUGAGAAAACAAGAAUCGGAGGAAGCAAAACUUGAAUUGGAGUCCAAAUCGAAUCAUGAUGGAAAUUUGAAAAUCGCACCGGACGACCAAAGUUUCCUCACAAUUCUUGACGACAUCAAAUCUUCGAAAUCUCCGGCUGUUAUUAACUACGGAGCUUCAUGGUGUGGAGUAUGUAGCCAGAUACUUCCUGCAUUCCAAAAGCUGAGCAACAGUUUCUCGAGGCUCAAGUUUGUAUAUGCAGAUAUCGACGAGUGCCCUGAAACCACUCGCCACAUCCGUUACACACCCACGUUUCAGUUUUACAGAGACGGCGAAAAAGUCGAUGAAAUGUAUGGAGCUGGUGUAGAGAGGCUCCAUGAUCGUCUUUGGCUCCACUCUUGAAACCGAAGACAAUAAACGGUUGUACUUGCUUACUUGGUAUGGGUUAAUGACUUAUGUAAAGUGGGCUAUGUUGGAGAUCGGACGGUCCAUACUUUAAAUCAACCAUCAAGACUUUUUAUUGUAGCCAUUAAGAAUAAGACCGACCUUAUUAAUUGUACUA